CAUAUCACAGCACACACAUAACAUUUGAUUAGCUGCUGAUGAUUUUGGUUUGGCUUGCUUAAUUAUGAGUUUAAGAAUUACUUCAAGUAAGGAUGGAGACACUGUUGGGUAAAUAUCUUACCGGUCCAGCUUUUCCUGUAUUAGAUGUGUGAGUUCGAGUGAGAGGGCUGUUACCACAGGCAGGAAUUCAGAAAAAGCUAAUUGUAAGCUCUGCAUUUUCAGCUCAGAGCAGAGGAACAGCAGCUAGAACACUGGUUGUCAGAAAUAUGAUGGAACAAAGCAACAAAAAACAAGGGUUUAAAAAAUGCCGGAGUGCCACUUUCAGCAUUGAUGGUUUUAGCUUCACCAUAGUUGCAAAUGAAGAAGGAGACUCCAAUGCCAGACCAUUUGCUCAAUUUUCAAGAUCCAAGUCUCAGAGCUGCCUAUGGAAUGCCCUUACAGGUGCAGCUAGUAUUAAGGAAAAUAAAAAGCCUGUGCCUUUUUCUGAUUCACGAACCCCAGAAGACAUCUUAGCUGAUGAAUUUCCUUCUGUGGAACACCCAGAUGCUAUGGAAAAAGCAGCUGUCAGGUUGGCUUGUUCUGAUUGAUUUAAACAGAAAGCAUGCGCUGAUGGCAUAUUUAUGGCACUAAUGAUCAGCUUUCUCUAAUACACUUGCAUAACCGAUACUAAGUGAA